CAUUAGACGCAAGUCAACAAUAUGCUCACCCCCCAACCUUAUAACCCUUAAAGACCCUUUGUUUUCCAUCAGCAUCGCAUGCUAAGAAAACCAGCAUGCUGUAUCGAAAGAUCCAAUAUGUUUGAGAGAAGGGAUACGAGGGAGUGGGAUCGUGCCAUGACGGAGUCGACGUCAUCGGUGGUCUCGGAGUUCGAAGGGACCCUGUUGAAGGACCGGGAACUAUUCUCGUACUUCAUGUUGAUGGCGUUCGAAGCGUCCAACUUGCUACGCUUCGCUCUGUUGCUGCUGCUAUGGCCCGUGAUCUGCUGCCUCGACGCGUUUGGGAUGGAAGAGUACGGGUUGAAUCUCAUGAUCUUUGUCGCCCUAGCGGGGGUCCCGGAAUCUGAGAUCAAAGCGGUGUCUAGAGCCGUCUUGCCGAAGUUUUACAUGGACGAUUUGAACGGGGAUGCUUGGCGAGAGUUCAGCGCCUGCGAAAAGAGGGUGGUGGUGACCAGGAUGCCAGGAGUGAUGGUGGAGAGGUUUGCGAAGGAGCAUCUGGGGGCCGACGAGGUUAUUGGAAGCCAGCUCGUCGUGAACCGAUUUGGGUACGCCACGGGCUUUGUCGAGGGUGGAUUUCACACCGCUUUCGGCCGCGUCGCCAAGCUCUUUGGUGAUGAGGAAAGGCCUUCUAUAGGACUAGGAAGGCCUGGUCUUUCAUUUCUCUCUCUUUGCAAGGAACAAAAGCUUCCACCCUUCGCCGAAAAGCAACAUAACCUAGAGCCUCCAGAGCCGCUCAAGGUGAUCUUCCACGACGGCCGGCUCGCCAAACGUCCUACCCCGUUAAUGGCCUUCUUGACCCUCGUUUGGAUGCCCUUUGCGAUAGUACUAGCCUUCAUCCGCAUCGUUGUGGGCUUGAUCUUGCCUAUCAGCGUCAUCCUAAUCAUCGCGCCGAUAUUAGGAGGUAGAGUCAUCGUGAAAGGAAAACCGCCGCCCCCGGUUUCUGGAGACAAUGCUAAUGGCGUCUUGUUUGUUUGCACUCACCGCACCUUAAUGGACCCUGUGAUCCUCUGCACCGCUCUCGGCCGCAAGAUCCCGGCCGUCAUCUAUUCCCUCUCAAAGCUAUCAGAGAUCUUGUCGCCAAUACCUACAAUCCGCUUAACCCGAACCCGGGAAGCCGACCGAGAGAAGAUCAAGAACCAGCUAUCAAAAGGCGAUUUAGCGGUGUGCCCCGAGGGGACGACAUGCCGAGAACCAUUCCUCCUGAGGUUCAGCGCACUAUUUGCCGAGUUAACCGAUCAAAUAGUGCCUGUCGCGAUGAACUAUAGAGUCGGGCUCUUUCACGCGACAACGGCUAGAGGAUGCAAGGCCAUGGACCCCAUCUUCUUCUUCAUGAACCCUAGGCCCAUUUACGAGGUAACCUUCUUGAACCAGCUUCCGGCUGAGGCGACCUGCUCUUCAGGGAAGAGCCCGAUCGACGUCGCCAACUACGUGCAGAGGCUCUUGGGGACCACGCUGGGAUUCGAGUGCACCAACUUGACUCGAAAGGACAAGUACAGGGUUCUUGCCGAGAACGACGGAAACGUGUCAGCGUUUCCGUACGGUUCGUUGUUCGAUCGCAUCAAGAGAGUCGUAAGCACGUUCAAGCCCUUCAUUCACUGAGAUGGCCGUAGAUCUCAAUAAGACUGACCGAUCGUUACUGUCUAGACGUAAUAUUCUCCAGGACGCUGUCGUAUCUUUUUUCGGUUUUCGAAAGAAGUUAGGGUUUGCAUUCUUUCUUCUCCCUUCCUUUUCCUUUGUUUGUUUCAUCAAGAUGUUAUUAUUUAAGGAUGUAUGGAGAUUAUUACCAUCAAUUGUGAGUUAAUCCCGUUUCAUGCAUCGAAUAAAGAGAAUGAGUUCUUCAAUA